AAUGCCAUAUAAUAAGAAGGCUGCUGGAAAAAGAGCCCCUGCAAAAAGGAAACUUGCUGAAGUGUUUGCUCUGGGGGAGGUUCUAGCAGAUACAUCAAGAAAAGAAUGGAAAUUAGGUGUCCCUAUAGGGCAAGGAGGCUUUGGACGUCUGUACCUUGCUGAUGUUAAUUCUUCAAAGUCGGUUGGCAGUGAUGCACCUUAUGUUGCAAAAGUGGAACCCAGCCAGAAUGGACCUCUUUUUACUGAGUUAAAGUUCUACAUGCGAGCUGCUAAGCCAGAUGAAAUUCAGAAGUGGACUAAGUCUCAUAAACUGAAGUACUUAGGUGUACCAAGAUAUUGGGGUUCUGGCUUGCAUGAAAAAAAUGGGAACAGUUACCGAUUUAUGAUAAUGGACCGAUUUGGCAGAGAUCUUCAGAAGAUGUUUGAAGAGAACGCAAAGCGAUUUUCCCAUAAAACUGUACUACAAUUAGGCCUGAGAAUACUUGAUAUUCUGGAAUACGUCCAUGAGCAUGAAUAUGUGCAUGGAGACAUCAAGGCCGCAAACCUUCUUCUGAGUUACAAGAACCCUAAUCAGGUGUACUUGGUGGAUUAUGGACUUGCCUACCGAUACUGUCCUGAAGGAGUUCACAAAAUAUAUAAAGAAGAUCCUAAAAGGUGUCAUGAUGGAACUAUUGAAUAUACCAGCAUUGAUGCACACAAGGGUGUGGCACCAUCGAGACGUGGUGAUCUGGAGAUCUUGGGUUACUGUAUGAUCCACUGGCUUAGCGGCCAUCUGCCAUGGGAGGAUAAUUUGAAAGAUCCAAAUUUUGUCAGAGACUCAAAAAUCAGAUGUAAAGAUAAUAUUUCAGUUUUGAUGGACAAAUGCUUUCCUGGGAAAAAUAAACCAGAUGAAAUAGCCAAAUAUAUGGAAAAGGUGAAGCUACUGAGCUAUGAAGAGAAACCUGUUUAUCAGCAUUUCCGAGAAAUACUUCUGCAAGGUCUUAAGGCCAUUGGGCAAAAAGAUGAUGGAGUACUUGACUUUGGCUUGUCAGAGAAUGGAGACUUGCAAACAAAUCCCAAGCAAAAGAAAAAAAGAAAGGCAGCAGCUGCAUCCAGUGAGAGCACUGAAGCAGAAAUGGAAGAUACAGGAAGUCCAGAAAAAAAGCAAGCUACUUCUUCUAAUGCAGUAGGUACCAGAACCCGCAAGAUGACCUCACCAAAACCCAAAAAAGGCACAGCAACCAGAAAGAGGGUCCAGAAGUAA